GAGGCCGCGGCGGGUACCCUGCCAGGAGCCGGAGCUACUGCUAGCCGGUGGGGGCAUCGGGAGGCGGAGAGCUGAGGCUGGGCCGGCGGGAGCAGUGAAGGAGCUGCACGAAAAUGCACUCGGAUGCUGCCGCUGUCAACUUUCAGUUGAAUUCUCAUCUCUCAACACUGGCAAAUAUUCACAAGAUUUAUCACACCCUUAAUAAGCUGAAUUUAACAGAAGACGUUGGGCAAGACGAUCACCAGACAGGAAGUCUUCGAUCUUGCAGUUCAUCAGACUGCGUUAGCAAAGUGAUGCCACCAAGGAAAAAGAGAAGACCUGCUGCUGGAGAUGAUUUAUCUGCAAAGAAAAGUAGACAUGAUAGCAUGUAUAGAAAAUAUGAUUCAACUAGAAUAAAGACUGAAGAAGAAACGUUUUCAAGUAAGAGAUGCUUAGAGUGGUUCUAUGAAUAUGCGGGGACUGAUGAUGUUGUAGGUCCUGAAGGCAUGGAGAAAUUUUGCGAAGACAUUGGAGUAGAACCAGAAAAUGUGGUCAUGCUUGUACUAGCUUGGAAAUUGGAUGCACAGAACAUGGGUUAUUUUACAUUACAGGAAUGGUUAAAAGGAAUGACAUCGCUGCAAUGUGAUUCGACAGAGAAAUUAAGAAGCUCUUUGGAUUACUUGAGAUCAUUAUUAAAUGAGCCUGCAAAUUUCAAACUUAUUUACAGAUAUGCAUUUGAUUUUGCCCGGGAAAAGGACCAGCGAAGCCUAGACAUCAAUACUGCCAAAUGCAUGUUGGGACUGUUGUUAGGAAAAACCUGGCCCCUUUUUCCAGUAUUCCACCAAUUCCUAGAGCAAUCAAAAUAUAAAGUUAUAAACAAAGAUCAGUGGUGCAAUGUGCUAGAGUUUAGCAGAACAAUUAAUCUUGACCUUAGCAACUACGAUGAAGAUGGAGCAUGGCCAGUUUUGUUGGAUGAAUUUGUGGAGUGGUAUAAAGAGAAACAGAUGACAUAGGAAUUUAACUAUGCACAGCAGCUCAAGAGUCCCUGUUAGCACAGUUCUGUCAACCAUUAGCCAUAAAUUGCUGUUUGUAUCAAAGCGCAUGCUGCUUUUCUCGCACAGUGUCCCUUCUGCAGGGAAGUCGUGGUGUUUGCUAUUUAACAAGCCGAUGAUGCUUGCUGUGUAGCAUUGUCCUCUUUGAAGGCUGCUUUGCUUUUUGUAUUUACACUACAGAUUGAUGAAUUUGCCAACGUCUUCACUGUGAUUAUGUGUAUAUUGCUGUUUAAAUUUUGUAUAUGUGUAUAAAAAAAAGCUUCACCUAGAGAUUAUUUCUGCAGAAAUGCAUUGUAAAAAUAAUUUUGUGGCACAUUUUCGUCACUUUUUUCAAAUGAAUCUUUUAUUUCUUUAUCUGGUCUCAUAUGUAGCAUUUCAGAAAACAAGACUGAAGAGCUCUUUGAACAUUGUUGCCAUGAGCAGCCCCUGCUAGUGUAACGUUUCUGUUUAAGAGGUCAGUUUUUUGCGAGGGGAGUGAAUGAAUGUCAUUUCUUCCUUCAGCAGCACAUGCCAAAUGUCAGUUUUAGUUAAAACUAUUGGCCUUUAAAAAUGAUUAAAAUUGGAAUUACUUGGAUACGUAGUUGUAAUAUGUCACAGAUAAUUUCUACUUGGUACAUAGAGCAUUGGUUUGGUUUUUUUUAAACAAACAUUAUUUAAACUUUUUUAUGUUAAAAAAAAACCCUGUAGUAUUUUGGAUAGUGAUACAAAUCAGCAAAUUAAAAAUAUACCUUUACAGAAAUGGGAUUUAAGCUCCUUUAAAUUGCCUUUGGCAUACUCCCUUUCUUUCUCCUCAACACUUUCUUUUCCUUUGGCUUACAAAGAAUGUUCAGGCUUCUAUUGUUUCCUAAACUACUAAAACUAAAAUUUAUGUUCUCCCUUCAUCCAAAAUGAAUGGUUUUGUUGGCAAUCACAGUUUAUCAACUCCAGCCAACUGUGGGUCAUGGUUUGAAUUUUUAGUUAGUCUUUCAUAGUGUCUAAUUUUCAGGUUCUUAUGUAAUUAAAGAACUAUAUUGAAUAGUGAGGAUUGGUUUUCCUUUUCUUUCCUGCUGGGUUUUUCCUGGCAAAAUGUUCAUUGCAGGCAAUGGAUAUUAAACCACCAGCAUUGAGUUCAAUACACACUAUCUUUUAAGUAGGGACCACUUUUUUUGGUGACUGAGAUUUGUACAAGAAAGUUUUAGCCAUUAUUUGUCCAAAUGAGGGGGAAACUAGAGUGAAUGGAAUGGUGUCUUAACAUUUGCGUUUUAUGUCUUGUUUUCUCUGCCUUACCCCUUCUUAGGAAAUGUUUUGUCAAUACGAACACUUAUUUCUUCAGUAUAUCUGGUGCUAAAUAAUGCAGUCCCUAAGGUUUUAUGAAAAUAGAAAAUUUUAUGGUUGUUUGACAAGUAAAAAUCUGUUGGUACAAUUGAACAAAUGAAAUGAAUGCAGCUAUUAUGUAGUAUGAGCAGAAUCCAAGACCAAGCAAGUAAUUGGAAGCAGUUUGAACGUGGCUGAAAUCUGCUAGCGGCUCUUCUCCGCCCCCCUCCCCCGCCCUUGGAUUAAAUGUGAAUUUUUUGACCUGUCUGAAAUGAGAAGAAGCACACAGGCAUGUUCCUCUGCACUGCUGUGUCACAGUUUCUCUGCUAACAGUGUCCAGGGUUUUAGAUUUUAUUUAAUUUCUUUUCCCUAUUGUAAUUAAACCACCAAAGACAAAUUAUAUAUGUAUAUACAAUGUGUUUGCAUAUACAAAAUCACAUUAUGGUAAAAAUGCAACUACUACCUUUCCCCACCAAAUAGAAAUGUUUGGUUUGCUGUGAAAUAAACACGUAGAGGAGUUUCAAAAGCUAUAUGAUGACUAGGCAUAUCUGAUUGUUCCUUGUUUGUAUGCUCACAUUUGGUCAUUUCUGAGUUAGUGCCAAUUUGCACAAGAUAAUAACUGAGUGGAUUAGAAAAUGUUUGUGGCAAGCAACCAAUAUUAAAUCUAAUAUUUUGAAAGGAUUUUAGUGUAAAUGUACAUAUUUCAGUGGUGAUAGCCAGAGGGAAAAUAUAGAGAUAUAUAGAGUACUGUUUUGAUUUUUUUAAUCCCUUUUACAAACAAACCACAUUUUAAAAGUAAUGUCUUACAGAUUUGAGCAAUUUUUUUUCUUUAAAAAAGUAACAGCAACACACACAAAAACCCUGGGUUUAUUUUAUUGUUUUUUUAUUGUCAGAUUAAGAAUCUGGAGAAUUAAAAAAAAUACUCAAUGGCACAAUUCUCUGAGAAUAUAAAAAUUGUUGCAAAGGGAAAAUUGCAUUAGGUAAAUAAUUAGGCUUUUUAGCAAUGGCAGGUAGAACCUGAGAAAGCUAUUAAUUAUGUAUAAUUUUUAAAAACAUGGAUUUCAAGGGGCAACCAAAAUCUCUACAUGCUUAGAAAAUCCUGAGUGGUUUUCAUUUUGCAAAUUUUAAACUUUUUUUUUUUUAAAUAAGCCUUUGAGAUUAUUUCAUUGUGGAGAUUCCUUAUCUCCUCCCCUACUCCCUUCUAUUUUAGUGUAGUCGUUUUCAAGAGAGGUAUUGAGGGGUGGGAUGCUUAGACUUUUUUUAAGUCUCUGUCUACUCAUCUCUAGACUAGGUUGAUAUUGACUCAUCAUAGAUAUCAUCAGAUGGUUAUUUAGUGGCUUAUGCCAAAAGAUUAGUAUAUUUUUCCUCCAUCAUUUCCAACAAGAUCCUCAACCCUUUCUUCCUCAUGAUAUUUGAACACUACCAUACAAGUGCUCACAGUGGAAUGGAAUGUAAAGUUUAGAUUUACGUUGCCACAAUGGUUGGUGAGAGGUUUCAUUAUUUGAUUCUUUAAAAACAAAAACAAAACACCUGCUGAAAUGUUGUUUAUCUUUUUGAAGCAUGAGCUACUAGUUAAACAGGUUUUGGCCUUUUUUUUUUUGUAAAUCUGAGUAGAAAAACCUUUACACUUUUGUCCAACUUAACAGAUUUUUUUGACCUCCAGUUUCUAUUUUAACUGUACUUUUGAGGUUUAUACAGAAAGCUUUAAAAAUUAGCUUGUCCCCCUAAUUUUAAUUCUUACAACUGCUAAAAUACCUCUGUAAGCCUUAUCCUUUCAUAUGUUGUAUGAUAAAUGUAUAGAAUUCAUCCACCAACUGAACUGUUGGUUAUCUGUAAAUGAGACCAAAAUGUGGGUUGAUUUUUGUCACAAAAUAAUUUCUACUGGAGGUUACUGCUUGUUACAUGGACAACAGUUAACCUAUAACUGUGAAUGCUUUUAUGUCUUCAGUAUUUGCAUUACAUACAUGAGGUGUGCAAGUCUUGUGAUUCACCACUUAACUGAAACACUGUCACGCCACCUAACAGGAACAGGACUUUGGCAAGUUGGUUUUAGGUUUUAAUAGAGUUGAUGUAAAAUGGUAUUCCCACAAAUAAAAAGAAUUUGUGUUUGGUUUCAGAAA